AUGUUUACCGCCCUCCGUGUGUUCAACCUCCUCGUGUUAGAGGAAGGUGAAGAGUACCUUACGGAUUGCCCGUCCUCUCUCACCUACUCUCAUCCCUAUGCAGUUCACUUGUCCGCGGUCGAGGCGACCACCUGCCCCGCACCCGAGUCAGUUGGUGAGGAUGCCUCGACGGGGAUUCCGUCGUUUCGGCAGGAAGUGCUCCAGCGUCUUCUUCAGCAGACACUCCAGCACAGUCCGCCUGAGCGAGGUCGCUUGCGAGUCUGCAGCAAGUCGUUGAUCUUUGACUCCCACCAUCCCUCUGCAGACAUCAUUAAGCUUCCCUUCAAACGAAUACUUUUCCUUCAUCCCCUGCCUACUUCGACCCACAAUACCAACGAAGGUUCCUCGUCUUUUCCGGCCCCGUCAGCGGGCCGAGCGGGUGGGGGGGGCGGGCCGCGUUCCUCGGAGGGAUGGAAUUCUACGACGCUGUUGAUUGCCGCGAGUGAAAUCACGCGUGUACCCAUUCAGCUUUUCAACGGCAAAACCCGCUGCGUCCGACCCUUCACAUCUGACUGUGCGUCGUCUUCGCCUGCUCCUUCGGAGCUCGACGUGCAGCGCAUGCGCAGCUGCGACGGCGGCGCCGCGUUCACUUCUUCCCCUGCUUCUGGGAACACUCCUGGAAGGUCGCUGUCAAACCUUUCCUCUGGCACCCUCACAUCGUCUCUGUUUUCCUCCGGAGCCUCGACAGUCCGGAGCUCCUGGUGGCCAGGCUCGGGAGCGGAGAAUGUGGCCGGCACUCCGGUGAACGUACAGCCCGGCGCGAAGGGAGUGCCAGCGUCUCAGUCUCCCUCUGUGUUUCUAUUCCUCCUCACAUUCGAAAGUCCUCGCGUCUCGCCCCUGGGGUCGACGCCUUCCGUCUAUUCUGCUCAAAGUUCCAGCGCCAAGCCACGGGGAGCCGCGUCGCUGACGGCUCUCAUCGACGGUCUCUGGCGCGCGAACAACGGGAAACCUCUCAUUCCCCACAUUCACCGGCCAAGGUGUGUCCAGCGACAGGUUCCUUCUUGGAGGCGAGGAAGGCCAGAAAACGCUCAAAGUCUUACGCGGAGCGGAGAGAGCAAUGCUGGGAUCGGCGGGAGCCUCGCAGGUCCUGGAGGUGACAGCCUCGACACUCCCGCGGGGGUCAUUGUAGAUACAGAGGACUACGCGAGUGAACAAUUGCAUGCGUUAACGCAGCAUCUGACCUUCAGUUUGGCUGAACUCGACCACCGAGAGCAACUUCUCCUUCCUUCCAAUAGAGGGUACUGGGUCCGGCGCAUUAGGCCUCUGAUUCACCACCGCGGCCUUCUCCUGCUAACGUCGGCGGCAGUGUAUUUUCAGCCACAUCCAAAUUUCACAAACAGCAGCACGAAAGCGUAUCCGCUGCAGUCCCUGCUUCACUGUUUCCGCCGCAUUCAGUGUCUACGGCCGAACGCUCUGGAAUUGGUCCUCUAUUCUGGUCAAGACGCGCCGUCCGCUUCGUUUGCGCGACGGGGGUUCUCCUGUUUCUCUACCGACGUGGACGCUGGAGGGACUCGCAUGCAGCGACGCGGCCAGGACUUCACAGAGUUCACAGGUUCCGGAGAUGCAGAUGCAAAUGCUGACCGUUGGGCGGGGAAGCGCAAGACCAAGCGGCCGUUCAAACUCGUGCUGCUCGAGUUCGAGAACGAGGACGAAAGAGAAAUCGUCGCCAGGGCUCUGCAAAAACAGAAACCGGAGGCCUUUCUGGUUCAGUCCUCCGUACACUACGUGGAGUGCAUGAAACAGCUUUGGGUGGACGGCCGCCUUUCGACCUACCAUUACUUGGAUUUCUUGAACUGCAUCGCGGGAAGAAGCAAAUCUGACUAUAGUGCGUAUCCUGUUUUCCCUUGGACAAUUAUGCGCUUUCUUCCGACAGACACUUCUAUCCCUGUUGAAGACGAGGCCAUGCGCGAUUUGUCCAAACCGGUGGGGGCGCUCGAGCCUCAGCGCCUGCAGGCACUCCUCAAGAGAAUGAAAGAAAUUCAGGUGGUGGACUACGGGGCGACUGGUCCGCUUCGUGACGUGGACGAUGCGUGCGAGGACAGCCAUGGGUCGCACUGCGAAGAGGCGAAAGAUCGGAACGCAAAUUCGUACUUGUACGGCAGCCACUACAGCACUCCAGCCUUCACCGUUCACUGGCUUGUGCGGCUUGUGCCUGAGUGCCAACUGCGUCUCCACGGCGGCCGCUUCGAUUCCCAGCAGCGGAUGUUCAACAGCAUGCAGAGCGCAUGCAAAGGCGCUCUGACGGGUCAGUCGACUUUUGUCGAGUUGAUUCCGGAGUUCUACGAGUUCGAUCCGUCUUUCCUCGUCAAUCGUCUGUCGGUGUUUCUCUCGCCUCUUCCGUCUGCGCUGCCCCUGUUUCCUUCUUCUCCCCACAUUCUCCCGCCGCCUUCGCAGCAGCCGCCCGUGGCUCUCACCGACGUCCUUCUCCCUCCCUGGCCUGCGCCGGCUCAGACGCAUGCAACGACUUCCACAGACUCGUUUUCGCACUCCGCAGAUCACUCGUCCCUGUCUCACAGAAGAGAGAGAGCAGAGACAGAAGAAGGGAUGCGAGGAGACAGGGGCGAGAGCGAGCCUGCAUCCUCUCUUCAGCACAGUCACGCGAGAGAAGAAAAGCGAACGGAGUUGGGAACUCAGAGAGCCGAGCGCGGAGACGCCGCCUCCUUUCUUCUGCACUUGCGCCAAGCUCUCGAGGGGACAUGGACCAGCAAGCACGUGCACAACUGGAUCGACCUUAUAUUCGGAUACAAACAGACCGGAGAACCAGCGCGUCUGGCGCACAACGUCUUCCACCCUCUAACCUAUGCGAACGCAGCGGCGGCGGCGGCGACGGGGAGCUGUUGUCCCCUGGGGGCUCAACGCCCCUGCCUCUCUCCGGCAAUCGCCGCCACACUCGAGCAACUUCAGCCGAGUGCCCUGCAUGUUCAACUCCAAGAAUUUGGACAAACGCCCAUUCAGCUGUUCGACAGACCGCAUCCAAUGAGACUGGCAUGUCCUCCCUUCGAUGCAUGCGCGUGGAAAGAAGCGUGUGGACACUUGACGCACAGUGGAAGGGCGUCUCCGUCGUCUUCUCCGCGGGCGCUUGCCGCAGCGACUUGUGCUCGCUCGACAGCGUCUCUCUCGCUCCUCGCUGGUUCCAGUUCUUCGCGCAGCACAAGCAUGUGGGGAGACAUGCCUUGGUUUGUUUUCAUGCACCACAACCGACAUCUCCUGAAAGGCCUUCUUGAAGCCCCCGCAGUCGAGCGCUCGCUCUCCCAGGGGGUACCCCUGUCGCGUCUGUGGCACCUCGCAGGCCAGCACCGGCCUUCAUUGCCGGCGCUCGCCGAGGAGCCCGGUCUCUCUCGGUUUGCCUCGAAGUCGAGAGACGCGUUUCUCUCUCAGGGUCCCAGGCCUCGGGAGGCGGCGUCGGAAGCGAACUGUGAGACGGCGGCUAAAAGCGAGCUAAGAGUCGCCCAGAACGGAGAUGGCUGCCGACAGCGGUCGCUCGGCGACGCUCACGAGCGCCAGUAUUCGAACGCGUUUCCUCGACAUCCCGCCACCAGUGGCCUCAACACAACCUCUCAGCAAAGAUCCGCCGCCGGCUCUUCCUACCCUGCCGCUGGCCAGUCGAACAGAGAAGCCAAAGGGUGUCGUGAACCGGAGACCGUCGGGCCGGUGUCGCCCCACGUCUCGAGUGCGGGGCCUGUCUCCGGGCCUGUCUACCGCGAGAGGGAGACAGCCACGGCUGUUUCUUCGAGCCUCGCGCAGCAGCUGGGACCUUCGUUCGCGGCCGCGAAGCCUCUGGGUCUGGCGCAGAGCUCGCAGUCGCCGUGGGCCGUGUGGCUGCCGACGCGUGAGACAGAGAGAAGAAGAGUUUGUCUCUCUAAGUGCCCGGCACGGGCCUCGCUCACGGGUCUCGCGCUCUGGGGCGAGACGGCCUGUUGCAUCGGCCAUGACGGCAGCGUCAUGUGCUUCCAGUUGAAGGACGCGCUGCAUCGAGGUGGACGAGAAGAAGGCGCUGAAACAGAGACAGCAGACGCCUCAGGGACAGAAAAGGAGACUGGAAACGGGGAUUCAGAGAUGGCGACGGUGGACACUCAGAAAGGAGCUGAAGAGGCGCGAAGCGGCCGCGAAGCGAGUGGAAAUUGGAAGGAGGCGGGAGAGUUUGAAAGAACGGAGAAAGAUGAAGAAGGCAGAAUCGACGGCGGGUCUUUGCGGUCUCUAGCCGUGUACCGCGUAGCCUCUGUGCCGCUCUGCAGCGCGACGUUUGUCGGCAGCAGCGGCGUCAUCGCGGUCGGCGCGUUCGACGGAAGCAUCGCGCUGCAUGGGAUCCACACGCCGCAGGUCGACUACUUUUUCGGCGAGUCUGCGUGCGACUUGGAAGAGUCGAAGAUGCCGUCUUCCGGGGAUUUUCCUGGAGAGAGAACAGCAGCCGCUCUGGGCCUGUCACGAUCGACGUCGUCUCCGCUUGACGCUUCACCACCGUCGAAUCUCGCGCUCUCGCGGCCCCUGAGUCGGCAACUCUGUCACGCCGACAGCGUCAUCGCUCUCUGCUACAACUCUUUCCUGCGUGUGUUGAUCUCUUCCUCGUCAGACGCCACCGUUCGCGUCUGGGAUGUCUCCGCGUUGGCGACACCAUGCCAGCACCCGUCCAAGUCGCUGCUGCUUCUCCAGCAGGUGCUCGACGACCACGAAGGCGAGGUGACUGCAGUGGCAUCGAAUCGUCACCUCGUCCUCACAGGCAGCGAGGAGGGCCUGCUGCUGCUCUUUGACUUGCGGCUUCCUUCUCAGCGUUCAGGAGCUGUCUGGGGUGCCCAUGCGGCGGGUCGGGCGCCGAUCAACUCGUGCGAAAUCUCCGACUUCUCGGCUGCAGCGGUCCUCGAUCCUGCGUUCCUCGCCGACCAACCUUUGGCGUCUAGUCGCGAACUCGGCGCCUUGGCGGCCUCGAACGGAGAUGACUCCGAGGCGGUCUUGGGUCGGUCAGUCUACUCGCCUUACGCCUUCUCGCCGUACUUUGGCGCUGCGUGUUCUUCGCGAGACGCCUCGCUCGACAGCUGCGUCCUGCUGCCGUCUUCGUUCUUCCCCGUUCAACGCUGGGACUUCCGACAAGGUGGAACCGAGGCAGUCGCGGCCUUUGCGAAGAAGAGAACCUGCAUGCGCCCAAACGGCGGCUUCGCCCCGAGCUUCAACGGCCUCGCCGACAGCCACCUCCGAGGCGACGGCGACGGAGACGCACACGCCAUGCUCCUGCGGAGAGGGGCGCGGCCUUUCUGUGGAUGCCUCGACCCCACAGUCCAGUACGCUCUUCUGGCGGGAGUGCGGAGACGAGAAAAAGGAGAACGGCGAGAAGAGAGAGGCGGAGAGCAAGGAGACAGGGCCAGCCGGGAGGAGACGGGGAGGUGUGCGGUCAGCAGUGGAACUGAAGGAGAGAGAGAGAGGGGCGGGGGUCGAGGGGGCGGCGUUACAAAGAAGCCGCAGAAGCAGAGACCCUUUGAGGGAUACCUGGGCCUGUACGACUUGAGAAACCGGAACGAAGAAGUGACGUGGAGGCUCCAGCACAUCGAGGAACCUGCGUUCAUUGCCACAGCGCCAAGCAGCGCAGAACUCUCCGUGAUGGGAGUUGACUUCGGAGCCGCAGGGCUCCUCGGCUGCAACUACAUCGCCGUCGGAGACUUGCACGGACAUAUCGAACUCCUCGCUGCGGGCGACAGUGUCGGAAAAUUUACGUGGAGAGGAUAGAAAAACGAGAAAGAAGACUGAAGAGAGAGAAAGAGAGGGGGAGAGGAACACCGGGAAAGAGAAGGAACAAGGGAAACGUAGAAAGAAAAGGGGAGAGGAAGAAAGGGCGAGAGGGGGAGGGAAGAGAAGGAGAGAAAAUGAGGUGAGAGGAAGCGAGGAAGAAGGAAUGCUUUUCUUUGACAAUCGAGACCGCGAGAGAGAGAAGAGAGAAACAACGAAAUGAAGAGGCAAGCAGGGAGACAGACGCGGCUGUCCAGCGAGUGGUGACAAGGAGGUUGUUUUGUGUGAGCAUCAGCAGAACAAUCGUCUCGGAAACGUAGCUGUGUCGAAGGGACGCUGUCUGUAGAACCUAACGUUGUUUCAAGAAUGCUGUCGCUCUGUUUUUCGUACUGAGUCUGUCUCUUCCUUACUAUUUUGAUCAUCUCGCGCCUCUAAAAGACGUCAUCUCCUCUUUUUUCCUUGGUUUCCUUCGUGUUCAAAGUGUAUUCUCGACGGAGCGCGCUCCAAGACGAGGUCACUCUCGCAAGCAGCAGCGACGUGAAACGCACGCGUCAUUCUCUAGAGGUUUUUGUCUAAGGACGGAGAUUUAAACACAGGCGUGGGCAUGCGUCCACGGGUGUGAGUGGGCGUGUGUAAAUGUCCGUUUUCACCU